UUUGCUAUAGCAAAACUGUCUAAAGCAAAAAAUAUUUGAAUAAUAGCCAAAUUUUCAGUCUUUUAGAAGCACAACUAAUAUUACAAUGGCGUUUCGAAAAAUACUCUUUGUGUGUAUGGGUAACUCCUGUAGCUCACCGAUGGCUGAGACUAUUAUGGAAAAUCUGAUGGUAAAGACCAGUCUAUAUUGGGAAGUCGACAGUGCUGCCUUGCGCACUUGGAACAUUGGAAGACGUCCGCACAAGCGAUGCCUUCGAACGCUUCGUGAGCAUGGGCUGCGUUCCGAUCACUUUUGUCGGCUUCUUAGCGUAGAGGAUUUUUGCUAUUAUAACUAUAUAAUUGCAAUAGAUCUGCAUGUGUAUAAAGAGCUGCUGCUCUGGGCAAAGUUAAAUCGCAUUGCGAAUGUCGCUGGCAUUAUAAACCUAAGUGAAUUUCGUAAGCAUGGCAAGCCAGCACAUAUUACAAACUUAUCGCUUACCAGCAAGCUGCGCGAUUUUCGCAGCGCCUACUAUCAGAUUAAGGAGUGCUGCAAGCAAUUUAUAUUAGCUCAACAUGUGCGUAUUAUCAAAUACGAUCUACCCAGCACUGAGGAGGAGGAUAAUAAAGAGCUAGUUGAUUAUCAAACAACGCUGCAGCGCAGUCUAAGCUUGGACACAUUAGAAACCGUUGAGCAAUAUUCCGCGAAAAGUAUUGAAACGAAACCAAAACGCAAAUGCAAUAAGCGCAAGCUCUGUCAGAAAUGCUGCGAGAAAUUUAUUGCAGAUCUUUGAGCGAGCAUGCAACACGUUUAAUAUCUGAUUGACAUGAGUGUUCUAUAUACCCUGUCUUCAGUUUUAAACACAAUAUUCUUAAGUAACUCAUUUGGCAAGCAGCAUAAAUUAUGUAUUAUUUUUUUUUUUUAAACAACUCUAUUUAUUAUGUUCUAACGAACUGUAAUGUAAUGCAAAUUUUUUCGAAUUAAAUUAUGGUAAAGAAUU